AUGGCCCCCGCCAAAGCCGCCGAGUUAAGACACAGCACCCCGCUCGCCCCGGCCAUCCGGGGCCGAGAUAACGGCCGCGAGCCAGCUUCAUCAUCGUCAUCAAGCUCGUCGGUGUCGGGGUCAGUUGCCGUCAUAGCGUCGCCGCCCACUGAAAAUGAAGGCACUAGUCCGCCGCGGCAGAAACGAUGGGCCACCAAGACGCGAACGGGCUGUAUUACCUGCCGCAUACGUCGCGUCAAAUGUGAUGAGGCCAAACCAAUGUGCAAUCGGUGCAUGACUUCAGGUCGCAUGUGUGAUGGGUACAAAAGUCUGCCCCAGAAGCCUUCAAAGCAAACCGCGUCGACUGCAUCCGAAAGCGUGCCUGAGCCACGUGUAAAUGGAAAUGACAGUGCCCAAAGUCUUUAUUUGACAGGCUCCAGGUCACGGUAUCCUGGCAAGUUUAGCCAAUGCGAGUACUCAGCUCAUCUAGUACCACCAGACUGGGAUCUCAUGGAAGCUUUCCACUACUAUUAUCGAACCAUUUUACCAAGCCUCAUGGCAAAUCAGUUGGACGACACAGUCGGUGUUUUCAUGCCGACAGCAGGGAACCUUGGUUGCAAGACGAGCUUCAUCACAUUCAUUUUUAGUAAUCGAAUAGCAGACGCCGCCAAAAAAAGAGGAACACUUCGAAGCCCUGAGGAUAUGCCACAUGACCAGUAUCUGUGGACAGCGUUUCACGCGUCCAUGAGCACCAUGCUCGCAGUGAUCAACGAAAGACUGUCUAGUCCUGAUGGCCCUACCAACGAUUCUGUGUUUGUCAGGAUAGUGGAUUUGCUAAGCAUUGAUCUCACGCUGCUGGGCAGCACCUGGAAGGCCCACCUCCACGGCUACGGCGCGCUUUACAAAAUGCGAGGCGGCUACACGAGACUUUCCAAGAGAAUCAAAAGCUUUGAUUAUCAAUUCCAAUACGUCUUCAUGCUCCAUGUGCUGACAAGCACGACCACUCCCGCCGCGCAGAUGCUCACCAUCUUCGAUGACCUCACGCCAGAAGAGACACACCAUGUCUUUACCUUCACACUCUACACCGACGUCCCGUGCUCCAGCCACGUCUUUGCGGACCUGAUUCGCAUCAAUCGUCUGCGCGCCCUCGUCGCUGGCGGCGCUUCCGUCCAGAGCUUCGUCCUCCCCGCCGCGCGGCAAGUCUACAAGCACAUCGCCGAAUUCUCCGUCGCCGACUGGGAAGAGCCUUACGGCGUGCCGGACAAGCCCGAGGCGCGCCUUCUGUGCCGCAUCUUCCAGAAAGCCGUCCUCCUUUACGGCCUGCUCACGCUCCCCCCGCUGAGCCUCGCGCCGACAACAACGACGACGACACCCACAGACGACAACGAGGCAUCGUCGAAUCUACCAUCGCCCGAAGUGUCAGGUAGCGAGGCGGACAUCGAUGACGGUGAGACACUUCACGACGGGGAUGCGGAUCCGGCGCCGACGCCGAGCACCGACACGCUCCGCGUCGAGAUCCUGUCGCUGAUCCGCGAGGUCUUGCCGCUCAUUGCCGAGCGUCCCACCAGCCUCGCCUGGCCGCUGGCGGUCGUGGGCGUGACGCUGACCGGCCAAGGCGACGCGGCGGAGCGAGACUUUGUCACACAGACGCUGCGCAGAAUCUCGACGCACCGCGAUGCAUAUUACGGGCCGACGCUGUGCUUGGGCAAACUGCACAAAUUUUGGGCAUCGGGGAAAACAGGCUGGGAGGACUGUUAUGAUGAAGCCUGCUCAGUCAUGGCCUGA